CACCAACACCGUUUAUACUUUGUUUGUUUACAUUUCGAUACUUUUCUUUACUCCUCCACUAUUACUCAUACUGGGUAAGCGGUAGGAAGGAGAACAUGCCCAUUGAAGAUAGAUCUUCUCUAUUCUCGUACUCACAGUGUCGACCUGUUGUGUCGCCGUGCUCGAACUACGUCGUGUUCAUACAUGGCUCCAAGCUUGUUAUACGAUCAACAAAAUCGCUUGAGCGUAUAAGGACGAUUGACCUAUCAGAGGAGUUUAUCAAGGUCGUACAGGUUACAUGGGAGCAUAAGUAUCAUGGAAAGAGUACAAAAGUGGGUGUUUUAGUAUCCAAUCAAAACAAAGUGCUGAUCUUUGACGUUGAGGAUGAGUCUGUGAGCGUUUCUGUUGAAGAAGAUGAUGUAUUUGGUAUUGAUAGGUUUGAGUGGUUACCACCUGGCAGUAUUCCUGAGGAAACUGCAUACACAGGUUGUAAACAAAUUGCAAUAUACUCGAAAUGUUCAUUGCUGAUGAAAGUGCUAUCUCUUGAUCAGAAGGGUGGGAAAUUCCACGUUGAGGUAGAAAAACCGCUGUCAGGCAUUGUAAACAGAGAUGAUGGGAGUCAUGUGUGGUUUAUUGCAUCGAGUAUCCAUGGGAAACCUCAUUUACAGCAGUUCUUCAACGAAGGAUCGUAUAGUCGCAGAAUUAUUGUAUCGGAACUACCGACUGGAGUAAUGUUAGACAAUGUUCUGCUCUCGCCUUCUUCUAAGUGGAUUUUAAGCAUGGGGAACUCGCUAUCUGGGGUCAAAUUCCAGUUAUUUCUAACAGCUGGUGACUUCCUAUCCACUGGAAAACCACUUUUAUCAUAUGUGUCCGAUGCUGAUCCAUUUGGAGCGACAUGUGUUGUCUUUAUCGAUGACGAAACAGUGUGUUUUGGUGAUCAUCUGGAACAAGUUCACAUAUUAUCUGUACCUUAUGGAUUUGAUGAGGUCGAAACGCUGGUUUAUCAACCUAUUGUCGAAAACACUACUGUUUUUAGACAGUCUAGUGAUGGAUGCAAAUAUGCAUCAAGGCCCUCACCUUUCAGUAUACCCUAUUUACCAGAUCUACCCAUGGAGAGAAAGGGAAUUAAACUACUAAGAUGCAUCGGGGGACAGUACAUAUGGACCAUCACGGAGACCAUUCCAACUACCUUGUUUCUCUGGUCAAGGUCCUCAGAAACAAGGCAUCCACUUGGUAUCAUGGUAACAAAUACAAAGAUCGUGGAAGUUUUCACGCCUAAUAGUGUUGAGCCCUUAGCUAUUGUUGUAUCUGAGGAUAGCAUAAGUAUAUGGAAAUCACAGAUUGAGCCUCUCAGUUUCCCAAUAACCCUAUCAUCGGACUUGGUGCUAAAAGGUGCAGAGAUUAUUGUCAUGGAUUCCAAUUACGUUCAGCUUUCUCUGUGGACAUCAUCGAAACAUUUUUUCACUGUUGAUGUUCGAUUUGCAGGUGUUAAGCAGAACAUAGGAGAACAUAUGGAACAAGACGAAUCUCUAAUGAGACGUGGAAGUCCGGCGUACGUUGAUGAUUCAACCAGGGUCGUUGAGCUUGCCAAAGCUGUUCAGCAGAAUGAAUGGGCCCAAACAACUGGUUUGCAGGUGGAUGAUACGUUCCAAGGACGUGCCCAACGGUUGAGAUAGAACUACCACCAAUUACAGAAAGUUGUUGGAAUAUAUGUGUCUGUAGUAUAUGUAAAG